AUGCAAGCUUUGCACAUAUUAAUGCUCGCGAUAGCAAUUUUUCUAUUUGUUGAAGCAUUCAUCUUCUUCUACGUCGUCUUUGACUACAAAAUCUCAGGAUCAACAUCUCAAGUCACCCUACCUAUCUUUAACCUAAUUUUGAUUUGGCUAUCACAAGCAUUGGCAGGUGGCAUAAUUAUUAGUGAGGUCCCGGUAUCAACGAUUCCUUCAUGGUUGGCCAUUGACCAAAAAGUUUUCAGGGAUCCUCUAGAUUUAUCCAGGUCACUAAAAUCUUCGGAAAGAACAUUAGCUAUGCGAUUCCGCCGCAAGAUCCUCACCUUCGAAAAUGUCGAAAGUGUCGUGCCUGAUGUCCCCGAUACCUUUCCUUUAACAUACGUAACAUUGAAUGGUUUGGCGAGACCUAUGAAACAUUAUCCAUGGUUGAAAUUUAUCCUCCAUAUAAGUGAAGUACUGUCUACCAAAAAAAAAUCGGUUGAUCCUGUAUCGAAUAGUACGUCAAAAUUCUGGACGUCUCCGAAAUAA